CUCGCGCUCAGCGGUAGCGGUCAGUUUCCGUGGCGACAGGAAAGCGCGGGAAUUACAGAUAAAUUGAAACUGCGAUUGCUCGGCUGGAGCUCCCGGACGCUUUCUGAGCCGGGGCUGCCCCUGGGAGCUGUUCUGAUAACUAGGCCCCUGGGCCUGGGAAGCCUGGAAGCUUUGGUCAGGAUAAGGGUUCACUGGAACAGAAAGAAAUGGAUUUUUCUGUGGCUCACAUUGAAGAAGUACAAAAUGUCCUUAAUGCUAUGCAGAAAAUCUUAGAGUGUCCGAUCUGUCUGGAGUUAAUCAAAGAGCCUGUUUCCACAAAAUGUGACCAUAUAUUUUGCAAAUUUUGUAUGCUGAAACUUCUCAACCAGAAGAAAGGACCUUCACAAUGCCCUUUGUGUAAGAAUGAUAUAACCAAAAGAAGCCUACAGGAAAGUACAAGAUUUAGUCAACUUGUUGAAGAGCUAUUGAAAAUCAUUCAUGCUUUUGAACUCGACACAGGAUUACAGCUUGCAAACAGUUACAACUUUUCAAAAAAGGAAAAUAACUCUCCUGAGCAUGUAAAGGAGGAAGUUUCUAUCAUCCAAAGUAUGGGCUACCGAAACCGUGCCAAAAGUCUUCGACAAAGUGAACCUGAAAAUCCUGCGUUGGAAACCAGUCUUAGUGUCCAGCUCUCUAACUUUGGAAUUGUGAGAUCUCUGAGGACAAAGCAGCAGACACAACUUCAAAAUAAAUCUGUCUACAUUGAAUUAGGAUCUGAUUCUUCUGAAGAUACAGUUAAUAAAGCAAGUUAUUACAGUGUGGUAGACCAAGAAUUGUUACAAACUGCCCCUCAAGGAGCCAAGGCUGAAGCCAGUUUGGAUCCUACAAAAAAAGCUGCUUGUGAGUUGUCUGAGAAGGAUAUAACAAACCUUGAAUAUCAUCAGUCCAGUAAUAAAGAUCUGAAUACCCUUAAGAAGCAUGCAACUGAGAGGCAUCCAGAAAAAUAUCAGGGGAUUUCUGUUUCAAACUUGAAUGUGGAGCCAUGUGGGACAAAUACUCAUGCCAGCUCAUUACAGCAUGAGAAUAGCAGUUUAUUACUCACUAAAGACAGAAUGAAUGUAGAAAAGGCUGAAUUCUGUCAUAAAAGCAAACAGCCUGGCUUAACAAGGAGCCAGCAGAGCAGAUGGGCUGAAAGUAAGGAAACAUGUAAUGAUAGGCAGACUCCUAGCACAGAGAAAAAGGUAGAUAUGAAUGCUAAUCCAUUGUAUGAGAGAAAAGAAGUGAAUAAGCAGAAACCUCCAUGCUCCGAGAGUGUUAGAGAUACACAAGAUAUUCCUUGGCUAACACUGAAUAGUAGCAUUCAGAAAGUUAAUGAGUGGUUUUUCAGAAGUGAUGGCCUGGAUGACUUGCAUGAUAAGGGGUCUGAAUCAAAUGCAGAAGUAGCUGGUGCAUUAGAAGUUCCAGAAGAAGUACAUGGAUAUUCUAGUUCUUCAGAGAAAAUAGACUUAAUGGCCAGUGAUCCUCAUAGUGCUUUAAUAUGUGAAAGUGAAAGAGUCCUCUCCAAACCAGCAGAAAGUAACAUUGAAGAUAAAAUAUUUGGAAAAACCUAUCGGAGGAAGGCAAUUCUCCCUCAUUUGAGCCAUGUAACUGAAGAUCUAAUUAUAGGAGCUGUUGCUACAGAACCUCAGAUAGCACAAGAACGUCCCCUUACAAAUAAAUUAAAGCGUAAAAGGAGAACAUCAGGCCUUCAUCCUGAGGAUUUCAUCAAGAAAGUAGAUUUGGCAGUUGUUCAAAAGACUCCUGAAAAGAUAAAUCAGGAAACUGACCAAGUGGAGCAGAAUGGUCAAGUGAUGAAUAUUGCUAAUGGUGGUCAUGAAAAUGAAACAAAAGAUGAUUAUGUUCAGAAGGAGAAGAAUGCUAACCCAACAGAAUCACUGACAAAGGAAUCUGCUUUCAGAACUAAAGCUGAACCUAUAAGCAGCAGUAUAAGCAAUAUGGAACUAGAAUUAAAUAUGCAUAAUUCAAAAGCACUGAAGAAGAAUCGGCUGAGGAGGAAGUCCUCUACCAGGCAUAUUCAUGCACUUGAACUAGUAGUCAAUAGAAAUCCAAGUCCACCUACUCAUACUGAACUACAAAUUGAUAGUUGGUCUAGCAGUGACGAGAUAAAGAAAAGUUCUGAGCAAAAGCCAGUCAGACACAACAGAAACCUUCAACUCAUGAAAAACCAAGAAACCACAACUGGAGCCAAGAAAAGUAACAAGCCAAAGGAACAAAUAAGUAAAAGACAUGCCAGUGACACUUACCCAGAACUAAAUUUAACAAGCACAACUGGCUUAAUUACUAACUGUUCAAGUUCUCAUAAUUAUCAAAAAUUUGUUAAUCCUAGCCUUCAGGGAGAAGAAAUAGAAGAAAAUCUGGGAGCAACUCAAGUGUCUAAUAGAACCAGAGACCCCGAGGAUCUAGUGUUAAAUGGAGGAAGAGGUUUGCAAACUGAAAUAUCUGUUGAGAGUACCAGUAUCUCAGUGAUACCUGAUACUGAUUAUGGCAGUCAGAACAGCAUCUCAUUACUGGAAGCUGACACCCUCAGGAAGGCAAAAACAGCACCAAAUCACUGUGCAAGUCAGUGUGCAGCAAUUGAAAACCCCAAUGAACUUAUCCAUGGUUGUCCUAAAGAUACUAGAAAUGACACAGAGGAUUUUAAGGAUCUGUUGAGAUGUGAAGUUAACCAUGUUCAGGAGACGUGCAUAGAAAUGGAAGACAGUGAACUUGAUACUCAGUAUUUACAGAGUACAUUCAGAGUUUCAAAGCGUCAGUCAUUUGCUCUGUUUUCAAAUCCAGAAAAGGAAUGUGCAACAAUUUGUGCCCACUCCAAGUCCUUAAGGAAACAAAGUCCAAAAGUCACUCCUGAGUAUGGAGAAAAAGAAGAAAAUCAAGGGAACAAAGAGUCUAAAAUCAAGCAUGAGCAGGCAGUUCAUACAACUGCGGGGUAUCCUGAGGAUUGUCAGAAAGAGAAGAAGCCAAGUGAUUAUACCAAAUGUAGCACUAAAGGAGUCUCUAGGCUUUGUCAGUCAUCUCAGUUCAGAGGCAGUGAAUCCGAACACAUUACAGGUGAACAUGGAAUUUCACAAAAUCCAGAUCAAAUGCCAUUGCUUUCUCCCAUCAGGGCAUCUGUUAAAAGUAAGAAAAACUUGUCAGAAGAAAGGUUUGAGGAACAUACAAUAUCACUUGAAAGAGCAGUAGGAAAUGAGAGCAUCGUUCAAAGUACAGUGAGCACAGUCAGCCAAAAUAACAUUAAGGAAAGUGCUUCUAAAGAAGCCAGCUCAAGCAGUAUUAAUGAAGUAGGUUCCAGUGUUAAUGAAGUAGGUUCUAGUGGCGAAAACAUUCAAGCAGAGCUAGGUAGGAACAGAGGACCUAAAUUAAAUGCUGUGCUCAGAUUAGGUCUUAUGCAACCUGAAGUCUAUAAACAAAGUCUUCCUGUAAGUAACUGUAAACAUCCUGAAAUAAAAAGGCAAGGAGAAAAUGAAGGAGUAGUUGAGGAUGUUAAUAUGGAUUUCUCUCCAUGUCUAAUUUCAGAUAACCUAGAACAACCUAUGGGAAGUAGUCGUGCUUCUCAGAUUUGUUCUGAGACUCCUGAUGACCUGUUAGAUGAUGAUGAAAUAAAGGAAAAUAUCAGCUUUGCUGAAAGUGGCAUUAAGGAAAGAUCUGCUGUUUUUAGUAAAGACCAGAGAAGAGAGUUCAGAAGGAACCCAAGCCCUUUAUCCCGUUCAGGUUUGGCUCAGGGUCACCUAAGAGGGGCCAGGGAAUUAGAGUCCUCAGAAGAGAACAUAUCUAGUGAGGAUGAAGAGCUUCCCUGCUUCCAACACAUAUUAUUUGGUAAAGUAACCAGUAUACCUUCUCAGUCUACCAGACAUAGUGCUGAUGCCACAGAAUGUCUAUCUAAGAACACAGAAGAGAACCUAGGAUCAGUGCAGAAUAGCAUAAAUGAGUGCUGUAACCAGGUAACAUCGGCAAAGGCUUCGCAGGAAUAUCACCUUAGUGAGGAAGUGAGAUGUUCUAGUAGCUUAUUUUCUUCACAGUGCAGUGCAGUGGAAGACUUGACUACAAAUACAAACACUCAGGAUCCUUUCUUGAUGUUUGGUACUCCUUCCAAACAAGUGAGGCAUCAGUCUGAAAACCAGGAAGUUGUUCUGAGUGACAAGGAAUUAGUUUCAGAUGAUUACGAAAGGGAACCUGGCCUGGAAGAGGAUAAUCACCAAGAUGACCAGAGCAUGGAUUCAAACUUAGGUGAAGUAGCAUCCAGGUAUGAGAGUGAAUCAGGCCUCUCUGAAGUCGGUUCAGGACCGUCCUCUCAGAGUGAUAUUCUAACCACACAGCAGAGGGAUACCAUGCAAGAUAACCUGAUAAAGCUCCAGCAGGAAAUGGCCGAACUGGAGGCUGUGUUAGAGCAGCACGGGAGCCAGCCUGCCAACAGCUCCCCUUCCCUCCUAGCAGGCUCUCGUGCCCCUGAGGACCUGCUAAAUCUGGAACAGAACACAUCAGGAAAAGGAUCCAUACUAACUUUAGAGAAAAGUAAUGAACAUCCUAUAAGUAAGAAUCCAGAAAGCCUUUCUGCUGACAAGUUCCAAGUAUCUCCGGAUAGUGCCACUAGUAAAAAUAAAGAACUAGGAAUGGAAAGGUCUUCUCUUUCUAAAUUCCAGUUGUUAGACAAUAGGUGGGACAUGCACAGCCACUCAAGGAGUCUUCAGAAUGGAAACUGCCUGUCUCAGGAGGAGCUUGUUAAAGUUGUGGAUGUAGAAGAGCAACAACUGGAAAAGUCUGAGACACGUGGUUUAAUGGAGCAGUCUUAUUUGUCAAGGCAAGAUCUAGAGGCAACCCCUUGCCUAGAAUCUGGAGUCAGCCUCUUCUCUGAUGACCCUGAAUCUGAUCCCUCUGAAGACAGAGCCCCAGACCCAGCUCAUGUUUGCAGCAUGCCAACUUCCUCCUCUGGUUUGAAGUUACCCCAAUUUCAAGCUGCAGAAUCUGCCAACAGUUCAACUGAUGCUCAUACUAGUACUAUUGCUGGGUACAUUGUGAGGGAAGAAAGUGGGAGCAGGGAGAAGCCAGGAGUGAUAUCUUCAACAGAAAGGGUCAACAAAAGAGUUUCCAUGGUGGCAUCAGGCUUGACUCAAAAAGAAUUUAUGCUUGUGCACAAGUUUGCCAGAAAACACCACUGCACCUUAACUAAUCAAAUUACUGAAGAGACUACUCAUGUUAUUAUGAAAACAGAUGCUGAGUUUGUGUGUGAACGGACACUGAAGUAUUUUCUGGGAAUUGCAGGAGGGAAAUGGGUAGUUAGCUAUUUCUGGGUGACCCAGUCUAUUAAAGAAAGAAAGAUGCUGGAUGAGUAUGAUUUUGAAGUCAGAGGAGAUGUUGUCAAUGGAAGAAACCACCAAGGUCCAAAGCGAGCAAGGGAAUUCCAGGACAGAAAGAUCUUCAGGGGCCUAGAAAUCUGUUGCUAUGGGCCCUUUACCAACAUGCCUACAGAUCAACUGGAAUGGAUGGUGCAGCUGUGUGGGGCUUCUGUUGUGAAGGAGCCUUUAUCAUUCACCCUUGGCGUGGAUACUCACCCAAUUGUGGUUGUGCAGCCAGAUGCCUGGAAGGAGGACAGUGGCUUUCAUGGGAUUGGGCAGCUGUGUGAAGCACCUGUUGUGACCCGAGAGUGGGUAUUGGACAGUGUAGCCCUCUACCAACGCCAGGAGCUGGACACCUACCUGAUACCCCAGAUCCCCCAUAGCCACUACUGAUCCCAGCCAGCCCCAUGUAUAAGGCCUGUCUCCACAGGACCCCAAGAAAGAGCUGAAGGGAUGGCCUUUCCAGGCCCUAGGAGCUCCUCUCACCACCCUAGUACUUCCACAGUCCCAGUUACUAAAUAUUUUAUGUACGUCAGAGAAUUUCUGGCUGUGUGAGGGUCCCUUAAAGACUUUCUGCUUCAAGUCUCCCUUUGAAAUCUGCCAUGAGCACAAAAUUGUGGUGAUUUUUCACCUGAAAAGAUUUAAAACCAUUUAAACCCCACCAAUUAAGCAAGAUGGCUGAUUCAUUAUUUAUCAGCCCUAUUCCUAGUACUAGGGCUGUUAGGAAACAUAGUUGGCUUAGGGUUUGGAGGCACAAAGUGGCUGGGCUUCUAGAGAAUAUAACUGAUUUCUUAGUUUGUUUCUCUAAAACCCCCAGUGUGUAGAGGCGAAGAGUCAGACCUUCAAUGGAAGGAGAAUACUUGGGAAUUUGUGACAUGAUUUAAAAUCAGAAUAGUCCGCAGACAGCUCUCCAGUGUUGGAGUGAAACAUUGAGGACGGAAUUUAGAGGCAGACAGUGGGUAUGAAUAUGAACGUGAGGGUUAAUUAUAGGGUCAGGGAGUCAUGCUGAUCCUGGUCUCCUCCAAAAGUCUGGGUAAUAGUUGCUGGAUUUCUAAAGAAUCUGUUAGUCAUGAUGUGCUCUGAAGCAGCAGAAUCCUUUCAGAAACCUAUGUCCAAAGAUAGUCUUCUAAUUCCCUAUUAGUAAUAAAUAAAAUGUUGUUGUAGCUCUGAUAUGUAACCAUUCUUUUUAAAAACAUAAGAUCUCUGAUAUGAGUAUUUCAUGUCUAUAAAAUGAUGGAUCCCACCAAGGAAAGCUUUUGCUUUCCUUGAGGUAAUUUUCUUUCCCUUUGCUCCCUAUUGCUGAACCAUACAGCUUCAUAAAUAAUUUUGCUUGCUGAAGGAAGAGAAAAUGUUUUUCAUAAAUUCAUUAUCCAGGACCAUUUAUAGCUGUUGGAAGGAGUAGGUCUUCCCUAGC